AUGUCCUUCGCUUCUUCCAUCGCUGAUGAUGACAUCAGGCGUUACGGCCCUCAGAACGCUGCGGACGGAUUCAUCAGCAGCACCGGGGUCGGCAUCUUCCGCAGCGGCGGCGGCAGUAGUGACCUCAAACCUUGGCUGUCCAUUGACCUGGAGGGGCUGUUCGCAAUCAGCCGGAUCGUGCUGUACAACCGGUGGGACUGCUGCGGCGAACAGCUCGUGAACGCCGAAAUCCGUGUGGGUGGCGCACUGGUUAGCAACAGCCUCACUGCGGCGCAGAUCAACCUUAACCAGCUUGUACGACGGGUGGCCGGGGCCAGCACCAGUGGCGCAAUCAUAACCGUCGAGCUGAGGCCCCCAGUCACAGGCCGCUACAUCACCCUUCAGAACUUUGGAAAUAAUGCUACUGCGCGGGCGGCCAGCCUGCAAGUGGCGGAGCUGCAGCAGCACGGUGCGGGGUACGGCAACAGCGCCCUCAUACUAGCCACCAGCACUCAGCCUGACGCGGGUGCUUGCUGCCAGGCUUGCUUCUCCCGGGUCGAUUGCAUCCACUGGGACUACACACCUAGCAGCCAUACAUGCCACCUUAGGCCGGACAGCGGGCCCCGUCUUGACGUACAGAUGGAUGGCGACCGAGUCACAGGCUCUCGUAAUGGUAGGUAA